UGCAUGCACGUGCGCAUGCAGCAUUUUGUCACCUUGUACUGUAAUUAAUGAGGUCUAUAAUUGAUUCUUCACUGAAUCAAUUGGGCUUCGGCUCCAGCGACUCCAGUGCUCAUUAAGCUAACACUUUAGAUGACGGUAGAACCAGACUCACUUACUAUAGCGGAGCCUAUAAAGACUUCUUACCACCAGAUCCUAAUAAAGAUGAAGUGCCCUCGUCGCUCGUUAGUCGGCAGACGUCGGACAUUUUGUGGCAGACUAUUGGCCAUUGGGCUCAUUUCUUUAGCAUUGUUAUACUUAUUUGGAUUCUUUGAUGGCUGGGUCAUGCCAAAUGCUGAAAAAGGCGUACAUACAAGACAGAUCUUGGAAAAUUCCAAGAGACCAAGUCCUGACGCGCCUGAGACUUAUUCCCUUGUCACUGAAGAUAAAGAUAAGUUUCAUUAUCAUCCCAAAUCAAUGGACGAGCUCUGGACUAAAGUCACACCUAAAACAAUAGCAAGGCGUAUGGCAUAUUUUGACACAAGGGAUCCAAACUAUCCAGCUGUUGCUUUUAUCACAAUGCAUGACGACAGAGAAAAAAUAAAACCACUUAUUUAUGCACGGCUAGUCUACGAUGAUGGAAGCUCUGUAUGCACUAGAUUAGAGUACUGGGGACACAGUGGGGAGCUUGAUCUUAGGCGUGGAGUGAGAGAGCUCUAUGUUCACUAUUUAAUGAGAAACACUAAGAUGAUUGACUCCUCCUUAUCUCCGAUCUCAGCCACUUUAACUACCGACUCAACCUGCUCUGGUGGUCACUCCAAAACUAUUCUAAUUAAAGACACACGCAAGCAAAAAAGCAACUACGACUUUGGAGUUUGCUUGCAUCAGGCUUUGUAUAAUUUGAUCGACCCACAGCUUUUGGUCGACUGGGUUGAGCUCAACAUUGCUUUGGGUGCCAAAGUCAUCACUGUAUACCUUCAAAAUGUGUCCGAGUCGUAUUACGAGAUCAUGCUUCCUUACAUUGGGCGGGGCAUUGUUGAGGUACUAGACUGGAAGAUGGGCAUCCCCUACGUUAAAGAGUAUACUAAAAUUUGGGGACAGACAGGUGUCAUUUCUGAAUGCAUUUUUAGGAACAUCAAUCGUGUCAAGUAUCUUGGACUCAUGGACGUUGACGAGUUUUUUGUGCCCCAGAAGCACCUCACUAUACCGGAGAUGCUCUUGGAUUUGGAAAAAAUGGCCGGGGCGAGGAACUCUGCUUCUUUUAUCCUUUACAAUGCCUUCAUGUGGAACGAUGGCAUCCCUUUACCGGAGGUAGCAUGCUCUACGAAAUGUCCGGGCAUGAAGUGGCCUCGUUACUUUAUGAAUACUAAGCGUAGCUUUUAUCCUCCGUAUCAAUACAAAUAUCAUAAACUCAUUGUGAAGCCACUUGCUGUCAACACUGCUUGGUGUCAUUACAUAUUUGAGCCCUGGCAAAAAGGCUACACAAAAGAGUUCUAUGUUCCCGUAAAACUAGGCCUAACACACCACUAUAGGUUUCCAGAAAAAAAGACUAAAUCGUGGAAGUCACAGACAUUCACAAUGAGCAGGUACUUUGAAGUAACAAGGAAAGGCAUCAUGGAGCAGAUGUGUCAUGCUAAUUAUUGAUUUUAUGUUAUUUUUUUUUACAUGUGUUAUAUGUACACGAUAUUGUUUCAAUAAUAAUCAUUCAUCAACAGUUAAUAAUUUUGGCUAA